AUGAGUGUACGAGUCGUCGCGCGCAUCCGGCCGUUGCUCAAGCAUGAGCUUGACAAAGACAGUAUCGUCACCGCCGAAUCGACCACAGACGAGGACACCAAGGACCGGCCUACCGUUGUUCGCAUACCCAACCCGAAGACCGACAGCGAAUCGUUCAGCUUUCAGUUCUCCUCGGUUUACGAGCAGGAGGCGACACAGCAGGAAUUGUUUGACGCGGAGAUAUCUCCAACCGUCAAACACCUCUUCAAUGGCUUCGAUCUCUCGAUAUUCGCGCACGGGUGCACUGGUACCGGCAAGACGCACACGAUGCGAGGUGGAAAGACUUUAGCAGAUCGAGGUGUUAUUCCCAGGCUGCUAAGCGCGAUAUAUCGGAGAUGCAAGAAGGUCGAGAAGGAUACUGGAGGAGCGACGCACGUCGAGGUUGCACUAGAAUACUUCGAGAUCUACUGCGACCGUGUGUACGACCUAUUCGAACCUCCAGAGAAGCGAACGCCUUCUGGACUACCCAUCAGGGAUAGUGCAAAGGGCAAGACUGUUGUUGUCGGUUUGACUGAGAAGCCUUGCGCGACGUUGAAGGAAUUCGAGCAGUUAUAUGACCAAGCCAACGUCAACAGAUCGACUUCUGCAACCAAGCUCAACGCGCACUCGUCGCGAUCGCACGCCAUUCUUUGCGUCAAGAUCACCCAGACCACCGAAGAUACCAUACGGGUCAGCCGCGCUUCGUGCAUAGACCUUGCGGGUUCAGAAGACAACAGACGGACGGAAAAUAACAAAGAGCGACUGGUGGAGAGUUCAGCCAUCAACAAGUCUCUAUUCGUUCUGGCACAAUGUGUCGACGCUAUCAACAAGAAGCAGGCUCGGAUACCGUACCGCGAAUCGAAGAUGACGCGCAUUCUGUCAUUAGGACAGAACAGCGGUCUGACAGUUAUGAUCCUCAACCUGGCGCCUACACGAGCAUACCAUCUAGACACCCUAGCAUCUCUAAACUUUGCGAGUCGCACCAAGAAGAUCGAAGUUUCCGAGGUUGAGAACGAUCCUAUCUACCGUGCAAUGGCAAAGCCUCUCGCUGCAACGAGCAGUAUAGGCGGUGCGACCAUCACUCGACAACCUCUCAGACCACUAGCUGCUGCGCACAAUGCGAACAUACAGGAGGCGGAUAAAAAGAAGCAGGGACAAAAGCCUAAUAAGGCUUUUUCUGUAUUUUCUGACUCCCGUAAACCUGGGAUGCGUGGAUCUAACUUGGCUGCCCAGAACCAAGGCGUAAGAAGAUUAGACACUCACAAACGAGCUGCCGAAUCCAGUGCACCUGCGUCUCGGCCGACCAAGAUAUAUCGAUCGACCGAUAGCACGUCGCGAGCACGCCCCUUGGAGAACGCCAUGACCAAAGAGUCUAUAGAGGCUAUGAUAUCUCAGCGGAUAGACGAGAAGCUUGCGGAAAGGGCCCUGCAAGAUGCGGCAGUCGCUGCUCCUGCGCUCUCUGCAGAGCUACAAAGGCGAUUAGAUGAUCUAGAGCAACGCGUCGAGGCUCGGGAUGAUGACAAGUCGGGACCUGGACUGCAAUUUUUGCUCAUGGGCAAGCAGCACUUGGCACGCGGAGAGGAAGUCAGCGCCCUUCGCAUGUUCCAGCUAGCCUUACCUUAUUUCCCAGGUAACAGCAGGCUGGAGACGAAGAUCGCCAAAUUAGAAGAAAGCAUUCGCAGCCGACGUGAAGUCGGGUCAGGAUUAACACAGGCAGCACUUCUCCAUACGUCAAACCGGAUGGCACCCUUGUCCACAAAGCAGAGGAAACCCGUUCUCGGAGACGAGACUGACGAUGACGAAUUCGCACCCGCUAAUGCCUCUGACCACGACGAAUCAUACGCCUCAGACUCCAGCUUCAAGUUCAAGAAGCCGGUACGCAAGACAAAGCCAGCGACAAAGAAACUGCCAAUCUUCCGUGAUCAAGAUGUCGCCUCGGCUUCCGCACAUCCUGAGGAGCAGACUCCUCGCACCUCUCGUCUACUUAAGAUCAUCAACACCAAGGAUGUCGCGCAGAUCAAGGCACUGAAAGGCGUGGGCGCGAAAAAGGCAGAUGCCAUCGUGAACUGCUUAGUCGACAUGGACGAUGAGGAGAUUCAUGACCUACAGAUGCUGGCUAUGUUGAAGGGCGUUGGGGGGAAGUCGGUGGAAACCAUGCGGCUGGGGUUGACUGUAGAGUUUUGA